CUGGCCAUGACUUGCAGAUGGACGAGGAGGAACGGAUAGCGUCCUCCUCUGCGGCAGCGAAUUCACUCCCAGAGAAGCAUCGGUGUCACGGUGACGGCGAUCGCGAAAAAUGUCGAGUCUGGCCAUGGGAUCGCCGUGGGUUCGGAUUAUGGUUCUUCAGGAACUCCGUCCUCCCUUCUGCCUGCCGGGACUAGCCUUGAAGACCUGCCUUUCAAUACGGCGGAGGAAUCUCUCCGUCUCAGCUUCCGCCGUUACCGACCCCUCCGGGGGCGAGGUGCGCGUCCGUUUCGCUCCUUCUCCUACAGGGAACUUGCACGUCGGAGGAGCAAGGACGGCGCUCUUUAACUACUUGUUUGCCAGGUCUCAAGGUGGGAAGUUUGUUCUGCGAAUUGAGGACACUGAUUUAGAAAGAUCUACCAGGAAAUCAGAAGAAGCGAUGCUGAAUGAUUUAUCUUGGCUUGGUCUUGAUUGGGAUGAAGGUCCUGGUGUGGGUGGAGAAUAUGGUCCUUAUCGACAAUCAGAACGGAACUCCAUGUACAAAGAAUAUGCUGAGAAGUUGUUGGAAUCUGGCACUGUUUAUAAGUGUUUUUGUUCUAAUGAGGAACUUGAACAAAUGAAGGAAACAGCAAAAAGGUUGCAACUGCCACCAGUAUACACAGGAAAGUGGGGCACAGCUCCAGACAAGGAAAUUCAGGAGGAGCUGGCAAAAGGUACACCAUACACAUACCGCUUCCGCGUACCAAAAGAAGGAAUCUUGAAGAUAACAGAUCUUAUCCGUGGUGAAGUCAGUUGGAACCUGGAUACACUCGGUGACUUUGUGAUUAUGAGGAGUAAUGGACAGCCUGUAUACAAUUUCUGUGUCACUGUCGAUGAUGCUACUAUGCAUAUCUCACAUGUCAUAAGAGCUGAGGAACAUUUACCAAAUACCUUGCGACAAGCACUUAUAUACAAAGCACUUGGAUUUCCAAUGCCUUCUUUUGCACAUGUCUCUUUAAUUCUAGCCCCAGAUAGAAGUAAACUAUCAAAACGUCAUGGUGCAACAUCUGUAGGGCAGUUUAGAGACAUGGGUUACUUGCCCCAGGCAAUGGUGAAUUACUUGGCACUAUUAGGUUGGGGUGAUGGGACAGAAAAUGAAUUCUUCACCAUCAAUCAGCUUGUUGAGAAAUUCUCCAUUAGCCGUGUUAAUAAAAGUGGAGCAAUCUUUGAUGGAACAAAGUUAAGGUGGAUGAAUGGGCAGCAUUUAAGAUCUCUUCCUCCAGAAGAGUUGAUCUCAAUUUUCAGAGACCGGUGGAAGUCCACAGGAAUUCUCCUAGAAUAUGAUGGUGCAUUUGUUAAGGGCGCAACAGAGCUGUUAAAGGAUGCCAUUGAGUUAGUGUCUGAUGCAGAAAAGGCUCUACAAAACUUGUUGUCGUAUCCACUGCACUCGACUUUAGUCAGUGAUGAAUGCAAACCUGUUGUUCAAGAUAAGCUCUCGGAGGUGGCUGCUAGUUUGAUAUCUUCUUACGAAAGUGGAGAGCUCCGUCAAGCGCUGGAGGAAGGCCAUGCUGGUUGGCAAAAAUGGGUGAAAAGCUUUGGCAAGUCUUUGAAACGCAAGGGGAAAUCUCUAUUUAUGCCUAUUCGGGUAUUGCUCACCGGUAAACUACACGGCCCCGACAUGGGAGGAAGCAUAAUUCUGAUACAUAAAGCAGGUACCUGUGGAGCAAUCAGUCCCCAAGCUGGUUUCAUAACCCUAGACGAGAGGUUCAAGAUGCUGAAGGAGGUGGAUUGGGAGUCACUGCCACAGGUGGAGGAGCCACUGCAGUCGCCCGCCGGAGUGCCUUCCUAAGCAAAUAUGUAAAAUUAGCGAUAAGAGUUUUGAAUUAUCGAAAGCUAUAUUUUUAUUUUAAGAUCAAAUGGUUUCCCCAUUCCAGGAAUUUCUUGUAAAAUUUAUUAUUCUCGAAAUAAAUGUGAACUUCCUGAAAGUACUUUUGAAUUAUUUCAAAUUUUACUAUUUUUCA